AUGUGUGUCGAAGAGGCGAGGCGGAUACACACGCUGCUGAUAGACAAUUAUGACUCGUACACGUACAACCUCUACCAGAUGGUGGCAGCCGUCAACGGAGCCCCUCCGACGGUCGUCCUCAACGACGAGUGCCGUUGGAGCGAUCUAGAGGCGCGGGUUCGGGCCGGGGAGUUCCACAACAUCAUCAUUUCGCCCGGCCCGGGGACGCCAGAGCGGGCCUCGGACGCAGGCGUCUGCCUCGAUGCGCUCCGCACGCUCCCCGACGUCCCGAUCCUGGGCGUGUGCUUCGGGCACCAGGCCCUCGCCCUCGUGCACGGCGCGAGCGUCGUCCGCGCCCCGGAACCCAUCCACGGCCGCCUCUCGGAGAUCUCACACACCAGCCACGCGCUCUUCCGCAACACGCCCACCGGACAAGGCCAGGGCAACGACGUGGUGCGCUACCACUCGCUGACCGUCGACCCGGCGUCGCUGCCGGAGUGCCUCGAACCGAUUGCGUGGACGACGGGGCUGGACCACGCGCUGCGGCUCGGGAAGUCGGCGACGGAGCACGCCGCGUCGCUGAACGGCGGUGCCGCGGCGCGCGAGGACGCUCGUCAGGCGUUCGAGCGGGGCGCCGUGCUGAUGGGCAUCGCGCACACGUCCAGGCCGCACUACGGCGUCCAGUUCCACCCGGAGAGCAUCGGGACGUCCCACGGCAUGGAGCUCCUGCGCAACUUCCGGGACCUCACCUGCCAACACCUCCGCUUGCCGCUGGAGCCGAGGCCGCCGCCCGUGCCCGUCCCUACCGCCCAGCAGGCGGCGCAGGGGUGGAGAGGGGGCUGCGACGCCGGGGAGACCCUCGCGCUGACGUGGCGCAAGCUCGCGGGGGUGCUCGAUGCGGUUGGGGGGAGUGAGGGGGUGUUUUCGAGGGUGCUGGGGCAGGUGGAGGCUGGCGGGGACGUGUUCUGGCUGGACAGCGCCGCGACAGAUCGGGGACGCUUCUCGUUCAUGGGGGGGCCGGGGGGCCGCCUGUGGAGGCGCGUGACGUACCGGCUGCCAGAACCAGACGCCGAGGACGGGCCGUACGUGUACGCUGGGCCUGGUGCGCGGACCAACCCCCCUCCUGGAGACCUCACGGUCAGGGACUCCGCUGGUGGCGUCGAGGUGCUCAAGCAGUCGAUCUGGGAGUUCCUCGAUGCCCAGCUGCAGCGCUGGACCGCUGCCAGCGCCGCGGCGUCGCAGGAGCUGCCCUUCGACUUCUGGGGGGGGUUCGUGGGGUACCUCGGCUACGAGCUCAAGGCAGAGACGGGCGCAACGCGCUCGUACCGCAGCGCGACGCCGGACGCGGCCUUCUUCCUCGCGGACCGCUUCGUCGCGGUCGACCACCACGCUGGCGACGUGUACGUCGUGAGCGUGCACCCAGCCGAGGACGCCGCGACCGACGCCCGGACGUGGAUCGACGACGUCGAGCGGCGCCUGUCGCCUGAUGCGGCGCCCCCGCAGCCCUCCGCGGCCGAAGCGAACGGCGCACACGCACACGCCGCUCCCCAGCCGCCGUUCCAGCUGCGGCGGACGCGGCCGCGCUACGUCGAGGACAUCGGCGCGUGUCACGACGCCCUGUACGCGGGGGAGUCCUACGAGGUGUGUCUGACCAACGCGCUGUGCCGCAAGCCAGCGCCGCCAGCCGGGCAGCUGUACCGCACGCUCCGCAAGGGCAACCCCGCGCCGUACGGAGCUUUCUUCGACUUCGGCGGUGGCGCCGAUGGUCCCCAGAUAUGCUGCUCGAGCCCGGAGAGGUUCCUGCGGCGCGGGCGGGGCGGGUGGCUGGAGGCGCGCCCCAUCAAGGGCACCGCGGCGCGCGUCGCGGGGGACCCCGCGGGCGACGCGAAGGCUGCCGCGGCGCUCGUUGCGUCCGAGAAGGACCGCGCGGAGAACCUGAUGAUCGUCGAUCUGCUGCGGAACGACCUCGGGCGGGUGUGCGACGUCGGCAGCGUGCACGUGCCCGGCCUCAUCGAGCUUGAGUCCUUCGCGACGGUGCACCAGCUGGUGAGCACCGUGUGCGGGUUGGAGAGGGCGGGGUCGCGGCCGACGGAGUCCAUCGUGGCUGCGUUCCCCGGGGGCAGCAUGACGGGCGCGCCCAAGGUGCGGACGUGCGGGAUCAUCGACCGCCUCGAGGGGUGCGCGCGCGGCGUGUACUCGGGGAGCCUCGGGUACAUCAGCUUCAGCGGGUGCUUCGACCUGAAUAUCGUGAUCCGCACAGCGGUGAUCCAUCAAGGGGAGGUGACGAUCGGCGCUGGCGGGGCCAUCGUGGUCCAGUCAGACGCUGAGUCAGAGUACGAAGAAAUGCGCCUGAAAGCGAGGGCCCUCAUGCGCUGCGUCGGGCUGGUGGACGGCACGGGGCAGCCGGCGGAGGUCGACGAUACCGUGCCGUACGGGAACGGCGCCAAGGGGACCGCUGCGCCCCCUGCCAGCUGA